AUGAUAAAGAAAAUAAAUGUUCUUUAUUUCCACAGAGAGACACAGAGAUGUGACUCUGUGGAGGAGCAGCUGUCCAGCUCUGAUGGAAGUAAGUCUGAACAUCUGUCCUCUAAAGUCUGUGGAUGAAAACUCAGCUGACUGAUUUUUCACAAAGACGUUUUAGUGUUGAGAAGUUUGGUUCAUUUUAUUUUUCUUCUCUUUCAGAAGAUGGCGGUCUGCAGGAGGUUUUAGAUGAACAUAAGAUCAGUCUGAAGAGGAGAUGUGAACGUGUGAAUGAAGGAAGUGAUGAAACAGGAAGUAGUCAAACCCUCCUCAACAGGAUCUUCACUGAGCUCUACAUCACAGAGGGACUGAGUGAAGAGGUGAACACCCAACAUGAGGUGAGACAGCUGGAGACCACUUCAAAGAUGAAGACCCUCCAUGACACGCCCAUCAAGUGUCAUGAGAUCUUUAAAACCUUACCUGACCAACAGAAGAAGGUCAUCAGAGUGGUUCUGACCAACGGCGUGGCUGGUGUUGGAAAAACCUUCUCAGUGCAGAAGUUCACUCUGGACUGGGCAGAGGGUUUGGAGAACCAAGACCUCCAUCUGGUGGUCCUGCUUUCAUUCAGGGAGCUGAACCUGAUCAGAGAUGAGCGCUUCAGUCUUCUGAGUCUGCUCCAUGUUUUCCAUCCAACACUAGAGAAGGUCACAGCAGAGACGCUGGCUGUCUGUAAACUUCUGUUCAUCUUUGACGGUCUGGAUGAAAGCAGACUGUCUCUGGAUUUCACAGACUCUGAGGUGGUGUCUGACGUCACACAGAAGUCUUCACUGAACGUUCUGUUAACAAACCUCAUCAAGGGGAACCUGCUCCCCUCAGCUCUCAUCUGGAUAACUUCUCGACCUGCAGCAGCCAAUCAGAUCCCUCCUUCACGUGUGGACAGGGUAACAGAAGUACGAGGCUUCACUGACGCCCAGAAGGACGAGUAUUUCAGGAAGAGGUUCAGAGAUGAAGAUCUGUCCAGAAGAAUCAUCUCACACAUCAAGUCCUCCAGGAGCCUCCACAUCAUGUGUCAGAUCCCGGUCUUCUGCUGGAUCACUGCGACAGUUCUGGAGGACAUGAUGAGCAGAGAGCAGAGAGGAGAGCUGCCCAAGACCCUGACUGACAUGUACUCACACUUCCUGCUGGUCCAGACUAAGAGGAAGAAGCAGAAGUAUGAAGGAGGACAUGAGACAAGUCCUCAGGAGCUGACUGAGGUUGACAGAGAAGUCCUCCUGAAGCUGGGGAGGCUGGCCUUUGAACAUCUGGAGAAAGGAAACAUCAUGUUCUACCAAGAAGACCUGGAGCGGUGUGGUCUGGAUGUCUCAAAGGCCUCUGUGUUCUCAGGAGUUUGUACAGAGAUCUUCAGAAGAGAGAGUGUGAUCUUCCAGAAAACUGUUUACUGUUUCGUUCAUCUGAGCGUUCAGGAGUUUCUGUCUGCAGUCUACAUGAUCCACAGUUUCACAAAGAGGAACACAGAAGCUCUGAAGACUUUCCAAAGAGGCAACGAAGACGAAGACGAAAUGUUUUCUUUAAAGAUGUUUUUUUAUUCUUCUAAAAACCUGGAUAACAGUUUCUCAUCUCUGGAUGUCUUCCUGAAGAGUGUCAUGGAGAAAUCCCUUCUCAGUAAAAACGGUCACCUGGACCUGUUUGUUCGCUUCCUUCAUGGACUCUCUCUGGAGUCAAACCAGAGACUCUUAGGAGGUCUGCUGGGUCACACAGACAACAGUCCAGAAAUGAUCCAAAGAGUCGUUGAGAACCUGAAGGAGAUGAACAGUGAAGAUAUCUCUCCUGACAGAAGCAUCAACAUCUUCCACUGUCUGAUGGAGAUGAACGAUCUGUCAGUUCAUCAGGAGAUUCAAGAGUUCCUGAAGUCAAAGAACAGAUCAGAGAAGGAACUCUCAGAGAUCCACUGCUCUGCUCUGGCCUACAUGCUGCAGAUGUCAGAGGAGGUUCUGGAUGAGUUGGACUUAUAUAAUUAUAACACAUCAGACCAGGGACGACAGAGACUGAUCCCAGCUGUGAGGAACUGCAGAAAGGCUCAGUAAGUCCAGGUUUUAUUCUCAGAAUAGUGUAAAUGAUCCCUGUAGUUCUUCUAAUGUCCACGUUACUGAUGAUGUUCUUCUUCAAAUAGAAAUCGACUCAAAUAUCAGGGAGGGGGUUUCUUCAGCAAAAACAUGAUCCUGGUGUCAAAAGUCCUGUUAGCCCAGGAUGAGGUCUACCUGUGGACCCCUGAGAACUUGUCCUGAUUGUGGAGGACCUCUUUGUUUUGAAUCGUGUCUGUAAUGAACAAAGUCGAACUUUCAGGACAAAUCAGCGACCAUAUCUGAGGACACACAGAGGUCUUCUGAUGAUGGUAUCAGUCCAGAUCAACAUCUCAGUCAGUUGUGGUGAACUUGAGUUUGAAGAAGGUGUCUGCAGCUUCUUCCUGCUGGUUUUCAGGUUGGAAAUGAUGAAUCUGUUGUAAAUGAGGGUGUUGACAGCAUUGAUGGUGAAAAUAGAACUGGAUCAUUUUCUACACAGUGGCAGAACUGUCUCUGUACCAUCAUGUUCAUCAUUCAAUAUUCAUAAUCAAUACAACCAUGAAAACUAACAUCAUUUUCCACCACUCACUGGAGAUUAUCUGGUGGACUAGAACAUAUGAAUGAUGAGAACACAGGAGUUAUUUGGACAGCAGCUCCAUGAGUCUGAAAACAAUGGUGGAAAUAGGAUGCUACAUGAGAGAGAGAGAGAGAGAGAGAGAGAGAGAGAGAGAGAGAGAGAGAGAUCAUCAGAGCCCAAAGACAGAGGUUCAGUGGGUCUUUGUUUCUGUCUCUUAAAGGUCUCUCUGGAUUCAUCAGGCUUUAUAAACUUGUUUCUGAUGGUGAAGCGAAUGUUACAUGGGGAAAAAACUUUGAUUGUGAAAACAAAGAAAUCUUAAACUCUUCAAAUGUUCAGAGUCAAACCAGCUCUAACCUGCGAAAAAAACGAUUUUAUCUGAACCAAUCAGAGAAAAAGGAGCUGCUGUGAUUUAGUGAGUCGUCCUCUGAUUGGUCAACAGUCAGUGUCUAUGGAAAGACUUACAUUACAGCAGGAUGUCAACAUUAAACACUGAGAGGAGCACUGAUUCUCCAAGAGGUACUUUGGAUACUAACCAAUCACAUACCAGGACCAAAAACCUGGUUCUCAGUCCCCUUCUCCAACCAGAACUCAAGAAUUCACUCAGUCAUAAUGAUCCAGCUGCACUAACAUGAAGACAACACUGUUAGAGAACAGAAGGACUAAAAUAAGUCAUGGAGUCAUUUGUUCAACAUCUGAACAGUUUUUUUUUCUUCUAAACUUUGACUUCCUGUCUUCUCUCAUGGCUGUGGUCCUGAUAUUAGUAUCUGUCUGGUUAAAAACAGUCCGUCUGUCAAACCAAAGAUCAUGUUUGUUUUCGGUGAAGAGAAACAUCAAAUUACCCUUUAACCCUUGUGUAACCGUCGCAAAUUACACCCUUUGGUAACGCUCAGUGGCUAAAAAAGCCACUUUUUUGACUGCUGUAAAAACAUAUUGGAUUCAUAUUUUUUCCAGAUUUUUUUCAUAUAUCUCUUGAUUAACUUCUGCUCUAUUCAAAAAUAGUAAAUUUUUCAUGAAGCAUCAAAAUUUUAACCCUUUUAGGGCCAAUUUUAAAAAAAAAGUCACUAAAAUUGGGAAAAAAUAGGAGAAACUGACUGAUAUUUAAUAGAAAACAUCAUCCUAAACUGGAAAUCUCUUGCAGGGUAAUAAAGUCUUAAAUAUGUAAAGGAUUAGUAAUAUCAUUGACUUUGAUGCCCUUUAAGUUUUUUAUGUAGGAUCAGAUUUCCAAAAAACAUCCUAUCUUAACGCUCAGUGGCAGUGACAUGAAUAGUGCAAGCCCCAAAGGGUGUAAAAUUUGCCGAGCGCCUAUUUUUGACCUGGUGAAAAUUUUGAAGUAAUAUUUUCAAAGUGUCCAUCAAUAAAAGCAUCCACAAAAAAAAUCAUCCCAUUUGGUGCAGUAAAAAAAAAGUUACGUGGAAAUUGGUGGCUAAAUUCUGCCCCUAGUGGCUCUUUUUAGCCACACCGUUACAUAAGGGUUAAUGAAAUAUUGUUUGAUAUUUAUGUUGUUACAGAUUUCCUAACUGUGGACUCUCAGAGACUCACUAUGAAGUUGUGGCCUCAGCUCUGAAGUCCAACCCCUCCCAUCUGAGACAUCUGUACCUGAGUGGAAACGAUCUGCAGGAUUCAGGAGUGAAGCUUCUCUCUGCAGGACUGGAGAGUCCAAACUGCAGACUGGAGACUCUGAUGUGAGACACCAUUUCCUUCUGAUCUAACAAUAAGAUGUGACAGCUGCUGCCUUAGAUUUUUCUCUGUGGUUUUUCCAUCAACUUUGGUCGAGCAGUUUGAAUUUGUCGUUGUAAAACUUCAACACAGGAAGAAAAAUCCGACAUUUCAGAGUUGACUUUGAGGAGAACGAUGGAUGUAGAAAGGAAGCAGGAGAAAAUCAGUCCCACAAAUAUUACACAUGCUUGUAGAGGGCAGGAGCAGCACAGACUAAAGGCUGAUAUUGAACUGAUCCACAAUUAAUGUGAUCACUAAUGAAUGAAUGAAGUGUCAGAGAAAUGAUGAGCUGCAGAUUGAAACCUGAAGAACAAAGUUCAUCCAACUCUGGAUAUUUCAUUUGGAAACUCUUGAAAACUUGAAUUUCUUCUUUGCUCAGUCGUGUUCAAAUGUAAAAACCAGAUCCAGAUUUUUCUGCAGUUUUCACUUCAGUUUGUUGAACAUGAACAUCAUCUUGUCCAGUUGGUCCAUAAAAACCUCUCUGAUCAAUGAUCUGUUGGUUUAUUUAAGAGUAGUUUGGCAGUUGUUGACAGCAGACGGACAAACCCCUGAAUAAACUCCUGACUGUAAUCUUCAUGAAGAAUUCAGGACUACAAAAAAAACUGAGAUUUCUCACAGGAGUUUCUCAGGAUCUCACUAAAGUUUUCAGAUUCUUUAAAAUUUUCUAUACUGAAAAAUUUCUCAAGAUCUUCAAAAAGUUUAGAGAGGAUUUUACAAAGUUCCUCAAGAUCAACUCUGAAAAAGUUCUUCUUCCAUGUCCUUCAGGGGCUCAAGAACAUUGGAUCAUUAAAAGCAGGAACAGUUUCUUCAGAGGUUCAAUGAUUUUUCCUUUUUUCAGACUGUGGGGCUGCAGUUUGACAAAGAUCAGCUGUUCUUCUCUGGCCUCAGCUCUGAAGUCCAACCCCUCCCAUCUGAGACAUCUGGACCUGGGUUACAACAAGCUGCAGGAUUCAGGAGUGAAGCUGCUGUGUGACUUUCUGCAGAGUCCAAAUUGUAAACUGAAGACUCUGAGGUCAGACUUUUUUCCUCCAUUCAAACAUUAUCAUGAUUUGUUUGUGAUGAUGACACUAAACUGCUGACUCAGGACUGAAAUACUGACCCAGACUGAACACCUUCAGUCCAGAGUAGAUUUUCUGCAUCAGUGGAUUAUUUGAUUGACUCCAGUUCGAUCACUGCUGAGCUCCAGUGAAUUAAAACCUGAACCCAAGAAGAAAACUCUUUGUAGAGUUCACAGUGAGAAGCACAUUCAGACAGAAAACAGAAGCAGGGGUGGAUUUGUCAGACGAGAACCAUUCAAACUUUAGUUCAGGACAAGAUCAGGGAAUAGAAAAAACUCAGAGUUUAGUUUCUGACACUGAUGAAAGUCCAGCUCUGUUACUUUGAAUUUGAUUUUGAAUCUUUGUGUGAAAAUCUUAAUUUUAUGGUUUAUCUGCACUUUUCUGAAGCCUUGCUGUGUUUAGACUGAAAUAUUUCCUCUCAAAGACGUGAUAUUUUUGGUUCAGCAAAGUGAAAAUAUUCUGAACAUCCUUUAUUUCCCAUCCGUCCUGAAGUCGCUGACAUUUUCUGAAAAUAUUGAGCUGCAUCUACAAUCAGUAAAAAAGUCUCUGAGUUUUUUAUUUCACUAUUUAAUGUGUUUUUGAAUUCACUGUUUCUAACUGACUUCCUGUUUGGUUCAGCUCUUUGGAGCGUCACUUUUCUUUGAUUCAUACUUUCCAAACCUUUCCCCUGAACUCUACAGAUUUAAGACAUCAGGUUUCAAACUGGAUCAUUUUUCUCUAAAAUCUCAUUAUUUUCUCUUUGUUUAGGUUGUUUGGCUGCAGUUUGACAAAGAUCAGCUGUUCUUCUCUGGCCUCAGCUCUGAAGUACAACCCCUCCCAUCUGAAAACUCUUGACCUGAGUUACAACAAUCUGCAGGAUUCAGACAUGAAGCUGCUGUGUGAUCUUCAGGAGAGUCCAGACUACAGACUGAGGACUCUGAGGUCAGGAUAGAGUUGGAGUUAGUCUGUGCUGAUCUCUCCUGUUCCUCUCCACACAGUAUCACAGCAGAUAUUCAGUAUUUCCUGCUGACUCUUCGACCCUCUCAGAGGAUUCUUUCUUUAGUGAAGCUGUGAGAACAGAAAUCAUCAAACCAGGAGUGUAAGAGUGUCAGUGAUGAAAAAAGUGUCUCCUCGUCUCUAUAUUUCAGAUCAGAUGUAGAAAUGCGACAUAAUGAAAUAGAAAUGUUCAGUUUCUGCUCUGAAGUGGAGUUUAUAGUUCUCUGUAUUCAACACAGACUUUAUUUCUCUGCUAACUUGUUGAUUUUGAGCUCUAAGUUUGAAAACAGACAGCUGUUCUUUAUACUUGUUAUUUUCACAGCAGGUUUGUUCGAUCAGCUUUAACACAUUUGACAGGAAUGAUUUCUUUAUUUUGAUGAUGUUGGUUUAUUUGUGAGGAAACCUGCUGCUUUACACCAUCACUUCUGGUCUGAGCAGGACUGAGACCUGCUGGUCUGUAAACUGGAUGUUCUUCAGUCCAGCUGAUGAAGUGAGUCUCAGAGUGGAAACACUGAACGUCUUUUUUUCUCUCCUCAGAUGGGAGUAACAUCUGUCAGAGUGAUGAAGAAGAGGAUCAUGUGUUUCCUGACGGUCAGAGAGGUGGAGGCAGCAGCAGUGAGGGUGAGGUGAGUCUCUGACUGAGAGACUGACUGACCAAUCACAGCGGGCGGAGAGGACUCUGGGAGCUGCACUUUGACCUGCUCUGAGAUCAGCUCAGGACCUGGACUCUGGAUAUUUGAUCUUUUCCCUCAUAUUCUGGGAUCAAACAGUCUGAACAGGUUUGUUUUGUUGAUGGAAACAUGAUCAUAAAUUUACACUUUGAUUGGAUUACUUUUUUUUUUACCAUGAUGCAGCGCCACCCAGUGGAAAUAUAAAGAGGUGGAGUUGAUUUAUUCCCACAUAUUUCUGCAGCAGGAGUUGAUACCAUGUGUGAGAGUAGAUCAGUCAGAAGUUCUGAUUUAACCCAAAGGUUUUUUCUUUCCUUUGCACCGUUAGAGACCGAAUAUAAACUGAAGGGAGAGGAAGAGAAGUGAGGAGAGAUGGAGGUGAAGGGAGGAGGAGGACAGGGUUUAGGGUUUUCAGGAAAAUCUGAAGCUUUAUUCUUUCACUUGAUUAUUUUUUUUCAUCGUUUUCAUUUUCUGAAAUGAUUGUAAAUAUUGACUGGAGGUAAAUUGACCUUAUUUUGUAUUAUUAGACAUUAUUUUCCUUCUCUUUACAUGUUUCUGUUCUCAUAUAAUCUUUGUGCUCAUCAAUAAUCGGUUUCCUCCUGUUUGGAUGAACAAACACAAUUAUUAAACCAUAAAUGAGACCUGAAAGUCAAAGUAAAAUGUGUGAAAUAUAAUCAGUCAAAGAAAAGAUUCUUGAAGAAAAACAAAAACAUUAUUUUUACUUUAUUAUGAUGGAGAAGUUUUCCUCUGACAGACAAAAAUAACCUUAUUGACUGGAGUCUGGAACAAGUGAGAUCAGCAUCUAUUCAGGGUGAAGUCAUUAACGUGGUCGAUGCUGUUUUAUAAACUCAGUGUUGUUGAUUACAAUCUCAGCUUCAUAAAUUGAUGCUACAGUGGAGUGACUUCCUGUAAAUCUGGAGGAUCCUGAGGAUCUGAACAGUCUGAUGUUACUGUACCCUAAAUGAUCUUUCUUUGUCUGUCUCCUUCAGGAGCAAAGACAUGGGGACAGGUUUAAUCAUUCUGGCAUAAAUGAAAGCUGUUUUUGUCUGAAAUGUUGAUAUUGAAUAUACAGGUGUCACAGAGCGGAGUGCAGCAGGUUAUUCAGUCUGGGUUUCCUUUGGUGAGUCUGUGUGCAGUAAUCCAUGUGCUCUGUGGAAACCCCUGAUCUGUUUUCAUAAGGACAUCAGAAUAAACUUUGAGGACAUUUGGAGCCAUCUGCUGGCUGACAUGAGAUCUAGCAGUUCAGAUUUAAAAGUGCCAGACGGAGUCAGAGAUUUGACUCACAUCACAGCAUUUAAGGAGUAAACAGAGAGUUUGGCAGAAAAGUUACCUCCAUGCAUGCAACUUUGCUGUCAAACACUCUUCUACAUAUUCCAACCCCACACACAAAGAUUUUACAGAUCAAUUCUUAAACCUGAAUGAUCACAGUUUAACCUCCAGGACUUACACUCACCGGCCACUUUAUUAGGUACACCUGUCCAACUGCUCGUUAACACUUAAUUUCUAAUCAGCCAAUCACAUGGCGGCAACUUAGUGCAUUUAGGCAUGUAGACAUGGUCAAGACAAUCUCCUGCAGUUCAAACCGAGCAUCAGUAUGGGGAAGAAAGGUGAUUUGAGUGACUUUGAACGUGGCAUGGUUGUUGGUGCCAGAAGGGCUGGUCUGAGUAUUUCAGAAACUGCUGAUCUACUGGGAUUUUCACGCACAACCAUCUCUAGGGUUUACAGAGAAUGGUCCGAAAAAGAAAAAAUAUCCAGUGAGCGGCAGUUCUGUGGGCGGAAAUGCCUUGUUGAUGCCAGAGGUCAGAGGAGAAUGGCCAGACUGGUUCGAGCUGAUAGAAAGGCAACAGUGACUCAAAUAACCACCCGUUACAACCAAGGUAGGCAGAAGAGCAUCUCUGAAUGCACAGUACGUCGAACUUUGAGGCAGAUGGGCUACAGCAGCAGAAGACCACGCCGGGUGCCACUCCUUUCAGCUAAGAACAGGAAACUGAGGCUACAAUUUGCACAAGCUCAUCGAAAUUGGACACUAGAAGAUUGGAAAAACGUUGCCUGGUCUGAGGAGUUUCGAUUUCUGCUGCGACAUUCGGAUGGUAGGGUCAGAAUUUGGCGUCAACAACAUGAAAGCAUGGAUCCAUCCUGCCUUGUAUCAACGGUUCAGGCUGGUGGUGGUGGUGUCAUGGUGUGGGGAAUAUUUUCUUGGCACUCUUUGGGCCCCUUGGUACCAAUUGAGCAUCGUUGCAACGCCACAGCCUACCUGAGUAUUGUUGCUGACCAUGUCCAUCCCUUUAUGACCACAAUGUACCCAACUUCUGAUGGCUACUUUCAGCAGGAUAAUGCGCCAUGUCAUAAAGCUGGAAUCAUCUCAGACUGGUUUCUUGAACAUGACAAUGAGUUCACUGUACUCAAAUGGCCUCCACAGUCACCAGAUCUCAAUCCAAUAGAGCAUCUUUGGGAUGUGGUGGAACGGGAGAUUCGCAUCAUGGAUGUGCAGCCGACAAAUCUGCGGCAACUGUGUGAUGCCAUCAUGUCAAUAUGGACCAAGCUCUCUGAGGAAUGCUUCCAGCACCUUGUUGAAUCUAUGCCACGAAGAAUUGAGGCAGUUCUGAAGGCAAAAGGGGGUCCAACCCAUGGUGUACCUAAUAAAGUGGCCGGUGAGUGUACAUUAUAAUCAAAAAUAUUCUGACUCAUAGCAAAAAGACUGAACCUUAUUACCUGAUAAUCUAAUGAGCCUCCCCCUGUACAUGAGCUGCUGUGUUUACUUUGUCAGAAAAAUAGACAAUCACUGAGAGGGACCCUGACAAGUUUAGAGAAGUAAGGUAUGCACAGAUGACAACAGCAUGGCUCUGUAGUAGAAGAGUCCUGCUGCUUAACUGGCCUGCCUGCUGUCCUGACUUGUCCCCCAUUAAAAACAUUGUGAACAUUGAUUGGUUGAUGUCUUUGUUUUGUACAUGUAAAAUCGAAUUUGAAUUACAGCUGAGUGAAAAGAAAAGCAAAAAAAAAAGAAGAAAAAAAAAAGAAAAAAGAAAUCAAAAAGUUCCAUCAGCAAGACAAAAGCAUUAUUUUACGUGUGCAAAAGGGAGGAGGAAGAAGUUAAAACUUUAUUAAUCCUACCCUGUUUGAAUCAUGAAACAGAAAAGUAAAAACUAUUUAAUUGUUAAACUUGUUGUGUGUGUUGGUGGUCUACAGGAUUGUGCAUUAUAUUCACAGUUGUUACCUAAUAUUUUGCUCUGUUUGCUAUGCUCUAUUGCUCUAUUUUGCUAUGUUUGUAAUUGAGGCGGACAAAGUAUAAGAAACAGCUUUUAAUAAGACUAUCUAUCUAUCUAUCUAUCUAUCUAUCUAUCUAUCUAUCUAUCUAUCUUUGUCUAUUUUUGAAAAAAACUUAUUGAAUUAAUGUCAAUAAAUUUGCAUUCAUUUUGAGCACUCGUGGUUUAAUCGAUAAUUUGUAUUGUAUUUGUUGAUAAUAACUGUUAAAUGAAGUAUUUUAGUAUUUAAAUUCAAAUAGAUAACCCCGCCCACCAACAGAACCUGUAAAACCGGUUUGAACCAGUUCAACAGGCGGUCAACUGGUACCGGCUAAAGUGAACGAAUUCAUGGAUAUUUACAGUGAGUUAUCAUUUCACGGAUUAUAUUAUCAUAUCUUUAUUGGAAUUACGUUAAUGUCUAAGUUUUAUCCACAUUAUAUGUUUUUUUAGAGUUUCUCUGUCGGUCUUCCGAGGACACCGACACAGAGUAACCUACCUGACGAACUCCGGGAGAGGUAACGUUGAGCUUUCUGUAUUUUUUUGUUUCAGUAAAGGCGUCUGAGCUCCAAGCUUUCAGUUUUCAUGUUAAUGUUAUUAAAUUUGUAGUAGAGAUCCUGAAAUAACCGUGUAUCUGCUUUCUGUGAGCUAACACAGGUAUCUGACACUAGUAAGUUCAGCUAACAUUAUUAAGCUAACGUUCAUUUUGAAUGGGAUCGUCAUUUGAUCCGUGUUAAUGCUCCCUAACCACCGAACUCAUGUGAUCCGAAAAUUCACGCAAAUAUCAUCAUAACCGUGUAAAUUAAUUUGUGCUUCACUAACUUGAAACCGACUUCUCCACGACGUUAAACAUCGUCGUGUAACAGCGUGUUCGUGGGCAGGAGGCGCCACAGGGAUCCACGUUAAUGAUUGUACAAUCUGCUUAUUGUUUAUUUAUGAAAAUCAAUGGUUUAAAUUAUUCUUGAGUAUGCAGGAUCAUAACUAAAACUCGUUUGAAAAUCGGUUUAAAAUGAAUGAAUCUAUGGUUAAUUAAAUGUUUAUGCACUGUAGACUGGAGUGUUAUGAGUGGGGGAGCUGCCUGAAGCAAGUUGGCCGUUAUUGUAACAGCCAUCUUUUAAUAAUAUGGACACAGCUACCUUUAUUUCUGAGCCCAGAUAACAGGACAGCGAUACCUAAGGCAGUGAACUACAACUUAUCUUAUCACAUCAACAUAUUUGUUUCCUUUACUGAAUAUGAUGUUGGACAGUGAUCUUUGUAAAGUGAGGUGAAGGAGGAGCUUGUGUAGUAACAACACAAUCACACUGUGUGCAAAAAUAAAAACCUGUUCAACAAAAUAUUCACAUUUAGUUGGGGUAUGAGAAGAGGAGUGCUCAUCUGGUAGUUUGUUGGUUUGACCAGCAGGUGGAGCUGCUGCUUUAACAAACUGAGACUCAACCAAACAAGUUCCUGUUUUAGUGAACUUUUUUUAUUCGGACUCAGGAGAGGAAGAUUGUUGUCAAGAAUACUGAACUUAAUAGAUGAUCAAAAACUGUCAGUAAAUGAGGAGAAGAAUCUGUGAUCUGGUGGUUUAGGUUUCAGUGAAAACAGUCUGAGUGAAAGUGAAAGUAUGCGAGUUAAACAAACAGACUCCAUUUUGAGAAACGAACAGAGCAGAGCGAGGAGAGGACGAGGAGACAGGGUGAGUGUUUACUCUGUUUUUGUUUUAAUGUUAAACUCUUUAUCUGUAUCAUCUGUUAAUGAAAAAUGAUUUACUGACUAAUACACUUAAAAACUGUAAAACAAAGAAACCUGAGCAGACAAAGAGCUGGAUCAGGAAACCGUGUACGUGCAGUUCUUCCUCCUCUUUGUUAAGACUUGUCUUUUUGGUAAAAACAACAAUCAGAAUCUUUUUAGUGUCUCAUUUCAAAUUUAAUCCAGUCCCCUUAAUUUUUUAUGAGAGUUCAGGGACCUCACAGCUGAUUUUGUUUUGACCACGAAUCAGAUAAGGAUCAGAGAGAGGCCCUGCAGGGUGGGGAGACAUCAGAAGUACUUGAUUAUUAAACCUGUAUAACUCUUAAAGAGGGGGAUUAAGCUGUUUUCAGACUCUGUACUUCCUUUCUGAUUCCUCUUUUAUUUCUGAACACUCUUCCUGUUUGUAUCUCACCUGUUUGUCUACUUUGUCCUCAGGUUGUAUAACUUGGUUUCAUCUUCCAUAAAUUUGCACAACAUCAGAUGGAGAAGAUGAGUGUUUGUGUAGACGAAGAGAAGGGCAGAGCAAAGUCUGUUAUGUCCGACUGUCUGUCUAUGAAGAGUGACCGGUCUAAAGAUAAACCUCUGAACUUCAGUGAAGAACCAGGACCCUCAGAGGAGGGCAGAGCAAAGUCUGUCAUGUCCGACUGUCUGUCUAUGAAGAGUGACCGGUCUAAAGAUGAUCCACUGCUCUUCACUAAAGAACCAGGACCCUCAGAUUCACAGUAAGAGAAAUACUUUUCACCCUCCAAACUCUCAAACAACAACAACUGAUGUUUCAAAAUCAGAACUUUAAAUCCUGACCCCUCUGUUUUCUACCAUGGUGAGAAAAAUGAUCUCCUCUGCUCUCAAAACGCUGAUUUUCCUCUUUAACCUCCAACCUGGACAAAGUAAAGAAAAAGUCACUGAGCACAGAUUUACUUAUUAUUCUUAAUGUUGAUAAAAAUAAAGGUCAUAUAAAGCAGCAUUUGAAAAGGAUCCUGACCUCUGUAUUUUCUGAUUUGGUUCCUGUGUUUGGGACGUUUUGAGCCUGUAAGUCUUUGGACUGUGGUGUAUAGACCCCAGAAAACAGUCUGUGGGUCCCAAAAUACCAGAAGACCAAUGAAGAAAUAAAUCCUGAGAAAUAAAAACUCAUUCAAACAUCUGUCUGUUAUUAGACCUUUAGAUCUGAUUGGUCAAAAAAUGUUUGAAACUGUCAGAGAAAAUCUCUCUACCUUCAAAAAUCACAGUUUAGUUUCUUCUCCUGUCUCCACACUUUGCGGCAGCAGCAGCUGAAUAUUUUACAGGAGAUUGUUUUAUGUUAGAGAAAAGAGUGAGGUCAGAAACUCUGGUUUAAUAAAUGUUUCUUAUUCUGUAUCUUUCAAACAUGAAAUGAUAAAGAAAAUAAAUGUUCUUUAUUUCCACAGAGAGACACAGAGAUGUGAGUCUGUGGAGGAGCAGCUGUCCAGCUCUGAUAGAGGUAAGUCUGAACAUCUGUCCUCUAAGGUCUGUGUGGAUGAAAACUCAGCUGACUGAUUUUUCACAGACGUUUUAGUGUUGAGAAGUUUGGUUCAUUUUAUUUUUCUUCUCUUUCAGAAGAUGGUGGUCUGCAGGAGGUUUUAGAUGAACAUAAGAUCAGUCUGAAGAGGAGAUGUGAACGUGUGAAUGAAGGAAGUGAUGAAACAGGAAGUAGUCAAACCCUCCUCAACAGGAUCUUCACUGAGCUCUACAUCACAGAGGGACUGAGUGAAGAGGUGAACACGCAACAUGAGGUGAGACAGCUGGAGACAGCUUCAAAGAUGAAGACCCUCCAUGACACGCCCAUCAAGUGUCAUGAGAUCUUUAAAACCUUACCUGACCAACAGAAGAAGCUCAUCAGAGUGGUUCUGACCAACGGCGUGGCUGGUGUUGGAAAAACCUUCUCAGUGCAGAAGUUCACUCUGGACUGGGCAGAGGGUUUGGAGAACCAAGACCUCCAUCUGGUGAUCCUGCUUUCAUUCAGGGAGCUGAACCUGAUCAGAGAUGAGCGCUUCAGUCUUCUGAGUCUGCUCCAUGUUUUCCAUCCAACACUAGAGAAGGUCACAGCAGAGAGGCUGGCUGUCUGUAAACUUCUGUUCAUCUUUGACGGUCUGGAUGAAAGCAGACUGUCUCUGGAUUUCACCGACUCUGAGGUGGUGUCUGACGUCACACAGAAGUCUUCACUGAACGUUCUGUUAACAAACCUCAUCAAGGGGAACCUGCUCCCCUCAGCUCUCCUCUGGAUAACUUCUCGACCUGCAGCAGCCAAUCAGAUCCCUCCUUCACGUGUGGACAGGGUAACAGAAGUACGAGGCUUCACUGACGCCCAGAAGGAGGAGUACUUCAGGAAGAGGUUCAGAGAUGAAGAUCUGUCCAGAAGAAUCAUCUCACACAUCAAGUCCUCCAGGAGCCUCCACAUCAUGUGUCAGAUCCCGGUCUUCUGCUGGAUCACUGCGACAGUUCUGGAGGACAUGAUGAGCAGAGAGCAAAGAGAGCUGCCCAAGACCCUGACUGACAUGUACUCACACUUCCUGCUGGUCCAGACUAAGAGGAAGAAGCAGAAGUACGAAGGAGGACAUGAGACAAGUCCUCGGGAGCUGACUGAGGCUGACAGUGAAGUCCUCCUGAAGCUGGGGAGGCUGGCCUUUGAACAUCUGGAGAAAGGAGACAUCAUGUUCUACCAAGAAGACCUGAAGCGGUGUGGUCUGGAUGUCUCAGAGGCCUCGGUGUACUCAGGAGUUUGUACAGAGAUCUUCAGAAGAGAGAGUGUGAUCUUCCAGAAAACUGUUUACUGUUUCGUUCAUCUGAGCGUUCAGGAGUUUCUGUCUGCAGUCUACAUGAUCCACAGUUUCACAAACAGGAACACAGAAGCUCUGAAGACUUUCCUAAGAGACAAUGAACACAAAGACAAAAGGUUUUCUUCAGAGAUGGUUUCUUAUUCUCCUAAAAACCUGGGUGACAGUUUCUCUUCUCUGGAUGUCUUCCUGAAGAGAGUCAUGAAGAAAUCCCUUCUCAGUAAAAACGGUCACCUGGACCUGUUUGUUCGCUUCCUUCAUGGACUCUCUCUGAAGUCAAACCAGAGACUCUUAGGAGGUCUGCUGGGUCACACAGACAACAGUCCAGGAGUGAUCCAAAGAGUCAUCAAGAACCUGAAGGAGAUGAACAGUAAAGAUAUCUCUCCUGACAGAAGCAUCAACAUCUUCCACUGUCUGAUGGAGAUGAACGAUCUGUCAGUUCAUCAGGAGAUUCAAGAGUUCCUGAAGUUAAAGAACAGAUCAGUGAAGUUCCUCUCAGAGAUCCACUGCUCUGCUCUGGCCUACAUGCUGCAGAUGUCAGAGGAGGUUCUGGAUGAGUUGGACUUAGAUAAUUAUAACACAUUAGACCAGGGACGACAGAGACUGAUCCCAGCUGUGAGGAACUGCAGAAAGGCCAUGUAAGUCCAGGUUUUAUUCUCAGAAUAGUGUAAAUGAUCCCUGUAGUUCUUCUAAUGUCCACGUUACUGAUGAUGUUCUUCUUCAAAUAGAAAUCGACUCAAAUAUCAGGGAGGGGGUUUCUUUAGCAAAAACAUGAUCCUGGUGUCUAAAGUCCUGUUAGCCCAGGAUGAGGUCUACCUGUGGACCCCUGAGAACUUGUCCUAAUUGUGGAGGACCUCUUUGUUUUGAAUCGUGUCUGUAAUGAAUAAAGUCGAACUUUCAGGAUAAAUCAGCGACCAUAUCUGAGGACACACAGAGGUCUUCUGAUGAUGGUAUCAGUCCAGAUCAACAUCUCAGUCAGUUGUGGUGAACUUGAGUUUGAAGAAGGUGUCUGCAGCUUCUUCCUGCUGGUUUUCAGGUUGGAAAUGAUGAAUCUGUUGUAAAUGAGGGUGUUGACAGCAUUGAUGGUGAAAAUAGAACUGGAUCAUUUUCUCCACAGUGGCAGAACUGUCUCUGUACCAUCAUGUUCAUCAUUCAAUAUUCAUCAUCAAUACAACCAUGAAAACUAACAUCAUUUUCCACCACUCACUGGAGAUUAUCUGCUGGACUAGAACAUAUGAAUGAUGAGAACACAGGAGUUAUUUGGACAGCAGCUCCAUGAGUCUGAAAACAAUGGUGGAGAUAGGAUGUUAAUGUCUCUCUCUCUCUGUCUCUUUCUCUCUCUCUCUCUCUCUCUCUCUCUCUCUCUCUCUCUCUCUGCCCUCGGUGCUGCAGGUUAGCACUGACACUAGUCAGCCUCAUAACACCUCAUAGCAUGUGGAAACAGCCGUGCUCUUCCACUGUAUAUAUGGACACCGUGUCUUUAAGGAGAAGCAGCUUGAGUGCAUCAUCAUCUUCAUCAUCAUCAUCAUCAUCAUUAUCAUCAGUUUUCCAUGGUAUCCCUUUGUUGUCAUGGUGAUGCAGAGUGAAGAUGAUUCCUCUAAUGCCGCGUUCAGACCAAACGCGACCUGACGCGACUUGGCGCGACUUGGCGACCGCCGGCUUCCUGCGACGCGACCAUGCGCGACCGGGCGACCGGGCGCGACGGGUCGCCAAGGCGCGUCCCCGAGGUCGCGUCGCCGAGGUCGCAGGACGCCAAGUCGCGUCGCUCCCAAAGUUCAAAUAUUUGAACUUUGGGAGCGACUCCGUGCCGCGACAGCCAAUCAGGGCUCUGCUGACGUCAACAAACCGGCGAAACAAGGAAGAGGAGAAGAAGAAUCACAAUGGAGGAGCAGUUAAUCACAUCCGUUAGCUACCACCCGGUGCUAUACGACGUGGGUUGCGGGCUGUACCGGGACCGCAACGCCAAAGAAGAAGCAGCUCAGUUUCGGAGCGCCUGUAUUUCGUGUCCAGGCGGGAGAUGCUGCUUCCCACCCGGGCGAGGAGGUCCUCGAACUGCGCCGUCGACACACGGAAGUACCGCUGGAAGCGGCCGUCGUCCAGGCGGAGUUCCUGGAGCAAGCGGUGAAAUUCACCCAGCUCCGUCCUCCUCCGGAUGGUUUCAUGCACCCAUAAACGCCGGCGGCGUCUACUGCGGAUGUACAGAUAUGCGGCAGCACUGAUGAACUGAAAACUGAGCUAGUGACAUGGAUGACGUCACCGGCGACCAGCCGCGACCUGCGACUGCAGCUUUGGACCCGGUGUUGACACACCAGGGCACCACGCGACGCGACCUAACCGACCAACGCGACGCGACGCAACCUGGUCGCGUUUGGUCUGAACGCGGCUUAAAGCCGCGUUCAGACCAGCCGCGACCUGACGCGACUUGGUGACGGCUCCCAAUGCAAAGUCUAUGGCCAGCCGCGACCUGACGCGACCUGACGCGACUUGGCGACCGCCGGCUUCCUGCGACGCGACCAUGCGCGACCGGGCGCGACGGGUCGCCAAGGCGCGUCCCCGAGGUCGCGUCGCCGAGGUCGCAGGACGCCAAGUCGCGUCGCUCCCAAAGUUCAAAUAUUUGAACUUUGGGAGCGACUCCGUGCCGCGACAGCCAAUCAGGGCUCUGCUGACGUCAACAAACCGGCGAAACAAGGAAGAGGAGAAGAAGAAUCACAAUGGAGGAGCAGUUAAUCACAUCCGUUAGCUACCACCCGGUGCUAUACGACGUGGGUUGCGGGCUGUACCGGGACCGCAACGCCAAAGAAGAAGCAUCUCAGUUUCGGAGCGCCUGUAUUUCGUGUCCAGGCGGGAGAUGCUGCUUCCCACCCGGGCGAGGAGGUCCUCGAACUGCGCCGUCGACACACGGAAGUACCGCUGGAAGCGGCCGUCGUCCAGGCGGAGUUCCUGGAGCAAGCGGUGAAAUUCACCCAGCUCCGUCCUCCUCUGGAUGGUUUCAUGCACCCAUAAACGCCGGCGGCGUCUACUGCGGAUGUACAGAUAUGCGGCAGCACUGAUGAACUGAAAACUGAGCUAGUGACAUGGAUGACGUCACCUGCGACCAGCCGCGACCUGCGACUGCAGCUUUGGACCCGGUGUUGACACACCAGGGCACCACGCGACGCGACCUGACCGACCAACGCGACGCGACGCGACCUGGUCGCGUUUGGUCUGAACGCGGCUUAAUGUUGAGGUGUUGGUGGGCUGUAGCGGUCACAUUUCUCCCACUCGGCUGCAUGCCUCUGUUUAAGAUGUUGAUGUAAAUUGGUCAGACUGCUGCCUUCUGCUGAAACAGCCUUUAAACAAACACUGCAGCAGACUGGGGUUUGAUCCAGGUCUGAGUCUGUGAGACUGAACCAGGUCUGAAGGACUAUAACUAGCAUGACUGUCAUUAGGUUGAAUUAAUACAGGUACCCAUAUUGAUCCUCCAUGUUGAUAUUAUCAGGACUCAUUAUUGAUACUUCACUUCAUGAUUUAGUGCAAACAUUUAAAAAGUGAAGAAAACACAUUCAAAGAUGAAUCUGUUUUAUUUCCUCUGACUCCAAAUGUUUCUUUCUGUAUGAAACACAAACUAGAAAAAUUCAAUCUGUUAUUUUUAUAGGUGUCAUGAGAACAUAUGCCCCCUAGAGUUCAAAUAACCUCAGCCCUAACUUUGACCACAGCUCUUCAGGUUUUACUUUGUUUUUAUCGUUUAACUAUCAUGAAGUAUUAGACGAUAAUGUGAGAGAGAGAGAGAGAGAGAGAGAGAUAUGACCAGAGCCCAAAGACAGAGGUUCAGUGGGUCUUUGUAUCUGUCUCUUAAAGGUCUCUCUGGAUUCAUCAGGCUUUAUAAACUUGUUUCUGAUGCUGAAGCGAAUGUUACAGGGAGAAAAAACUUUGAUUGUGAAAACAAAGAAAUCUUCAACUCUUCAAAUGUUCAGAGUCAAACCAGCUCUAACCUGCGAAAAAAAUGAUUUUAUCUGAACCAAUCCGAGAAAAAGGAGCUGCUGUGAUUCAGUGAGUCGUCCUCUGAUUGGUCAACAGUCAGUGUCUAUGGAAAGACUUACAUUACAGCAGGAUGUCAACAUUAAACACUGAGAGGAGCACUGAUUCUCCAAGAGGUACUUUGGAUACUAACCAAUCACAUACCAGGACCAAAAACCUGGUUCUCAGUCCCCUUCUCCAACCAGAACUCAAGAAUUCACUCAGUCAUAAUGAUCCAGCUGCACUAACAUGAAGACAACACUGUUAGAGAACAGAAGGACUAAAAUAAGUCAUGGAGUCAUUUGUCUUGAACAUCUGAACAGUUUUUUUUUCUUCUAAACUUUGACUUCCUGUCUUCUCUCAUGGCUGUGGUCCUGAUAUUAGUAUCUGUCUGGUUAAAAACAGGCCGUCUGUCAAACCAAAGAUCAUGUUUGUUUUUGGUGAAGAGAAACAUCAAAUUACCCUUUAAUGAAAUAUUGUUUGAUAUUUAUGUUGUUACAGACUUUCAUACUGUGAACUCUCAGAGACUCACUGUGAAGUUGUGGCCUCAGCUCUGAAGUCCAACCCCUCCCAUCUGAGAUAUCUGAACCUGGGCGGAAACAAACUGCAGGAUUCAGGAGUGAAGCUUCUGUCUCCAGGACUGGAGAGUCCAAACUGCAGACUGGAGACUCUGAUGUGAGGCACCAUUUCCUUCUGAUCUAACAAUAAGAUGUGACAGCUGCUGCCUUAGAUUUUUCUCUGUGGUUUUUCCAUCAACUUUGGUCGAGCAGUUUGAAUUUGUCGUUGUAAAACUUCAACACAGGAAGAAAAAUCCGACAUUUCAGAGUUGACUUUGAGGAGAACGAUGGAUGUAGAAAGGAAGCAGGAGAAAAUCAGUCCCACAAAUAUUACACAUGCUUGUAGAGGGCAGGAGCAGCACAGACUAAAGGCUGAUAUUGAACUGAUCCACAAUUAAUGUGAUCACUAAUGAAUGAAUGAAGUGUCAGAGAAAUGAUGAGCUGCAGAUUGAAACCUGAAGAACAAAGUUAAUCCAACUCUGGAUAUUUCAUUUGGAAACUCUUGAAAACUUGAAUUUCUUCUUUGCUCAGUCGUGUUCAAAUGUAAAAACCAGAUCCAGAUUUUUCUGCAGUUUUCACUUCAGUUUGUUGAACAUGAACAUCAUCUUGUCCAGUUGGUCCAUAAAAACCUCUCUGAUCAAUGAUCUGUUGGUUUAUUUAAGAGUAGUUUGGCAGUUGUUGACAGCAGACGGACAGACCCCUGAAUAAACUCCUGACUGUUUUAAUCUUCAUGAAGAAUUCAAGACGACAAAAAAACCUUUGAGAUUUCACUCAUUAGUUUCUCAGGAUCUCACUAAAGUUUUCUGUUUCUUUAAAAUUUUCUCGACUGAAAAAUUCCUCAAGAUCUUCAAAAAGUUUAGAGAGGAUUUUACAAAGUUCCUCAAGAUCAACUCUGAAAAAGUUCUUCCAUGUCCUUCAGGGGCUCAAGAACAUUGAAUCAUUAAAAGCAGGAACAGUUUCUUCAGAGGUUCAAUGAUUUUUUUUCCUUUUUUCAGACUGUGGUGCUGCAGGUUGUCAAAGAUCAGCUGUUCUUCUCUGGCCUCAGCUCUGAAGUCCAACCCCUCCCAUCUGAGACUUCUGGACCUGGGUGACAACAAGCUGCAGGAUUCAGGAGUGAAGCUGCUGUGUGACCUUCAGAGGAGUCCAAAAUGUAAACUGGAGAUUCUGAAGUGAGACUUUUUUUCCUCCAUUCAAACAUUAUCAUGAUUUGUUUGUGAUGAUGACACUAAACUGCUGACUCAGGACUGAAAUACUGACCCAGACUGAACACCUUCAGUCCAGAGUAGAUUUUCUGCAUCAGUGGAUUAUUUGAUUGACUCCAGUUAGAUCACUGCUGAGCUCCAGUGAAUUAAAACCUGAACCCAAGAAGAAAACUCUUUGUAGAGUUCACAGUGAGAAGCACAUUCAGACAGAAAACAGAAGCAGGGGGAGAUUUGUCAGACGAGAACCAUUCAAACUUUUGUUCAGGACAAGAUCAGGGAAUAGAAAAAACUCAGAGUUUAGUUUCUGACACUGAUGAAAGUCCAGCUCUGUUACUUUGAAUUUUGAUUGUUUUUGAAUCUUUGUGUGAAAAUCUGACUUUUAUGGUUUAUCUUCACUUUUCUGAAGCCUUGCUGUGUUUAGACUGAAAUAUUUUCCUCUCAAAGACGUGAUAUUUUUGGUUCAGCAAAGUGAAAAUAUUCUGAACAUCCUUUAUUUCCCAUCCGUCCUGAAGUCGCUGACAUUUUCUGGAAAUAUUGAGCUGCAUCUACAAUCAGUAAAAAAGUCUCUGAGUUUUUUAUUUCACUAUUUAAUGUGUUUUUAAAUUCACUGUUUCAAACUGACUUCCUGUUUGGUUCAGCUCUUUGGAGCGGCACUUUUCUUUGAUUCAUACUUUCCAAACCUUUCCCCUGAACUCUACAGAUUUAAGACAUCAGGUUUCAAACUGGAUCAUUUUUGUCUAAAAUCUCAUUAUUUCCUCUUUGUUUAGGUUGUUUGGCUGCAGUUUGACAAAGAUCAGCUGUUCUUCUCUGGCCUCAGCUCUGAAGUCCAACCCCUCCCAUCUGAAAACUCUUGACCUGAGUUACAACAAUCUGCAGUAUUCAGACGUGAAGCUGCUGUGUGAUCUUCAGAAGAGUCCAGACUACAGACUGAAGGAUCUGAUGUCAGUAUAGAGUUGGAGUUAGUCUGUGCUGAUCUCUCCUGUUCCUCUCCACACAGUAUCACAGCAGAUAUUCAGUAUUUCCUGCUGACUCUUCGACCCUCUCAGAGGAUUAUUUCUUUAGUGAAGCUGUGAGAACAGAAAUCAUCAAACCAGGAGUGUAAGAGUGUCAGUGAUGAAAAAAGUGUCUCCUCGUCUCUAUAUUUCAGAUCAAAUGUAGAAAUGAGACAUAAUGAAAUAGAAAUGUUCAGUUUCUGCUCUGAAGUCCAGUUUAUAGUUCUCUGUAUUCAACACAGACUUUAUUUCUCUGCUAACUUGUUGAUUUUGACCUCUAAGUUUGAAAACAGACAGCUGUUCUUUAUACUUGUUAUUUUCACAGCAGGUUUGUUCGAUCAGCUUUAACACAUUUGACAGGAAUGAUUUCUUUAUUUUGAUGAUGUUGGUUUAUUUGUGAGGAAACCUGCUGCUUUACACCAUCACUUCUGGUCUGAGCAGGACUGAGACCUGCUGGUCUGUAAACUGGAUGUUCUUCAGUCCAGCUGAUGAAGUGAGUCUCAGAGUGGAAACACUGAUCGUCUUUUUUUUCUCUCCUCAGAUGGGAGUAA